GUUAAUGUGAACAGAGAGAGACCAGUUUUCAAGUAGAUAUGAGUAAAAUAUGAGUAAAAACCACCAAAGGAGAUCGUAAAUGAUUCGGCACAUGAUGAUGGUCUUGUGGUCCCUUCCGGUCUCGUGGUCCCUUCCGGUCUCGUUGUGUUGUGCAGGUCUCCAGCGUUGCCCCCGAGCUCCCGAAGAACGCAGCAUGCAACUCCGACGAUAAACAUGUCAGAGACAUUCACGGUCUCAUAUAAAUGCAAAGCAACGAAAGGCUGUGCGUGGACUGCGCAUGCGCCGGCUGAUGUUCUUGUUGCCGAGCGUCCAUGAUGCCGUGCUGUGCGUCUUCGCCAAGAUGCUAGAAAGGAACCUUGCUAGCGAGCUAAAGGCUGUUGUCAUCACGUAAGCAUGGUUUUGGUCUAGCGUCUCAUCCGAGCAAUCCGGACGUCGACGCCGCGUUCCAGUCCCGAAUCUCCACGUGACGAGGAUCGAAGAUGUCUGCGAGAGAAAGAUCCCUGAUGAGCAAGGACAGCGUCAGCCUGCUGCCUUGCUUCUACUUUGUGGAGCUGCCCAUCCUGGUCUCCUCCAUGGUCAGCUUGUACUUCCUGGAGUGGACGGAUUUGUUUAAACCGGUCAAGUCUGGCUUUCACUGUCACGAUCGCAGCCUGAGCCUACCCUACGUGGACCCCAACCACGAGGUCAUCCCCCUGCUGAUGCUGCUGAGCUUGGCCUUCGCAGGGCCUGCCAUCACGAUCAUGAUCGGAGAAGCCAUCUUGUUUUGUUGUCUUUCGCGACGGAAAAGUGGCGCUGGAGCCGAAGCAAACAUCAACGCGGCCGGCUGCAACUUCAACUCCUUCAUACGAAGAGCUAUACGUUUUGUUGGUGUUCAUGCGUUUGGUCUUUGCGCCACCGCCCUGGUGACGGACGUCCUCCAGCUGAUGACGGGCUACCCGGCGCCGUACUUCCUGACCGUGUGCAAACCCAACUACACCAGUCUGAGCAUGAGCUGUGAACACAACCCUUACAUCAUGGAGGACAUCUGCUCAGGCUCGGAUUCUGCUGCCAUCAGUCGGGGCAGGAAGUCCUUCCCAUCCCAGCACGCCACUCUGGCAUCAUUUGCUGCUGUCUAUGUUUCCAUGUACUUCAACAGCACUCUGACCGACUCUUCCAAGCUGCUCAAGCCUCUCCUGGUCUUCUCCUUCAUCAUCUGCGCCAUCAUCUGCGGUCUGACCCGCAUCAUUCAGUACAAGAACCAUGCCAUGGAUGUCUACCUGGGCUUCCUCAUUGGUGGAGCCAUUGCUCUCUACCUGGGAAUGUACGCAGUGGGAAACUUCCUCCCCAGCGAGGAGUCCAGCAGCUUUUCCCCCUCCCAGCCCCGCUGCCCCUCCUGUUCCUUUCCCCACGUCAGCCAAGAGGCCGUCCUUCAUCACCUCCAGAUGAAAGCCAGCCUUUCCGGGGAGGCGAGAAUCAGCAGCUCUCAAUCUGAAGGUCUUCUCCAUCGAGCUCUUCCCCAGCAGAACGCAGAGGAGAGCCUGAAAUGCCCCAACAGGGAUGCAGACGGGAUGCCCUCCCACAGCCCCCGGAGCAAGGACACGGUGGCCACCUUUAGCCACACCCUUCCUCGUGUCCACACACCGCAGGCCAUCGCAGCAUACGAGGAAGCGGCAAGACGCCACGCCGCCACCCUCAACCACGCCUCCAUGGACUCCAGUCGUUCCAAGCAGCUUCUGUCACAGUGGAAAAGUAAGAACAGCCACAAAUCCACCCUGCAGGUGCCGGACUGUUUCCCACCGUCAGGAGACUCGUCUGGUCCGUCCACUCAGCAUCCUCAUUACCAUGGCGGCAUGGAGGUCCGGUCCAGCUCCGAGCCGUCAGCCGUGAGCCUGGAUGGCGGCUUUGAAGCGCAUGCGUUCCUGUCCAAGCUGGCCACGGGCGCCAGCAGCACUUUACCCAGCAACUGCAGCGGCAUCACCGGAGGAGCUCGGAUGCUGAUGCAGCCUCGACCCGGGUCUUCGCAACUGGUCCACAUCCCUGAAGAAUCGCAUGAGAAUUACCAUAGUACCUCCGCCAGGGCCGUGGCGGGGGGCGGCGAGGGCGCUUCUGCCGGCGAAAGCGCGGCUCAGGCGAGCUGGCAAAGGGCCGCCGAGAAGACGAGCCAACCUCGGAUCGUUCAGGUGAUUGCUAUGUCCAAGCAGCAGGGUCUCCUUCAGACUCAUUCCAGGAGCCUGGACGAGAGCAGCACGGUGGGAAACUCGCAGGCCUCCGCUCACUACAGGGCUCUCACGGACAAGGAACCCGGUAGCACCGCGGGCCCCGGCUCGCUGGCCAGCACCACAGGAAGUAUUUCAGGGAGCACUGGAGCAAUCGUACGAAUAGAGGCGCACCCUGAAAAGCACAAACCGGUCAUCCAAGCUCCGUCCACCGAUGGGAGUGGAUCAUGGAGGUGGCGCUCUCUGGAUCACGGCAAUGGCGCUGCUGCUGUCGGGCCUGCCGGUCCAGGAGGUGGAGGUCUUAGGCAGUCCUUUGACCUGAAUGAUCUCAAUAGAGACUCCGAAAGCUUGGACUCUCUCCGAGAAGGGUCAGUUGACAGGAAGCAUGCCAAUCACGUGACCACCACGGCUGGCGCGGCUAGCGCACCGCCCGUGGUUACGGUCCAAAGCAGCCAAGCUAGCAUGGCAGAGCAGAAGCACCACAAUCAGAGCCUGUCCACCAUCAGGGUUACUCCAGGAGACGGUGGAAGCGGCGGCGAUGCGGCUUCAGAAAUACUCUCAACCACCUCGAGUCGCGAGUCCACGCUACGCAGGAAGGGCCACAAUGUCGUCCUGGUUCCAGAGAGAGGAAGCAGCCCAGAUAUCACUCGGAAUGUUUUCUACAAGGGAACGCCCAUGCCCAACAAAGACUAACGCACGGAAACGGGCAGUCAACAUUUCCUUUCUUUUCAUCAAACUCUUCUUUGGUGCAUUUGGUCAGGUGGCUUGGGGGCUGGGAGGGCUGGGAGGGCUGGGGGGCCAACCCGCCCGACCAAGACUGUCUACAUCAGCUGCAGCUCCUCCGUAUGGGAAAAAAAAAUCAGUCACAUUGGCCUGAACCCUGGCCCCGAAUCAUGUUUAUAGAAGUACAUUGUAGCUGAUGAAACCUGGUAAAGAAACCUGGUGAUGAAACCUGGUGAUGAAACCUGGUGAUGAAACCUGGUGAUGAAACCUGGUGAUGAAACCUGGUGAUGAAACCUGGUGAUGAAACCUGGUAAAGAAACCUGGUAAAGAAACCUGGUGAUGAAAGCUGGUGAUGAAACCUGGUGAUGAAACCUGGUGAUGAAACCUGGUGAUGAAACCUGGUGAUGAAACCUGGUGAUGAAACCUGGUAAAGAAACCUGGUAAAGAAACCUGGUGAUGAAAGCUGGUAAAGAAACCUGGUCAAGAAAGCAGGUAAAUGAAACGAGGUGAUGAAACCUGGUAAAGAAAGCAGGUGAUGAAGCCUGGUAAAGAAACCUGGUGAUGAAACCUGGUAAAGAAACCUGGUGAUGAAAGCUGGUAAAGAAAGCAGGUGAUGAAACCUGGUAAAGAAACCUGGUCAAGAAACCUGGUCAAGAAACCUGGUCAAGAAACCUGGUGAUGAAACCUGGUGAUGAAACCUGGUCAAGAAACCUGGUAAAGAAAGCAGGUAAAUGAAACGAGGUGAUGAAAGCUGGGACUUCAGGCUUGGUCUUGCGACAGCGUCGUUGCUCGCACGGCCCCCUUCUGACGCUGGUCUGGGGGCCGCGUGUGUGACCUGCACUUCUCCACCAAAACACCAGGGGAAGUGUUUUCCUUGGCGUUAGCCAUCACUGCUGUGGUUGACUAGCUGUUUAGCUUCCUGUGUAGUAGCGGUAAAGAUAGCAACGUGUAAAGCGGCGCCACAUGGACGUUUGAGCUGAACCACUCACAUUGAUUGAUUGAUUGAUUGAUUGAUUGAUAUUUAUUGAUGCUCCACUGAAGCAGAGGUGAAGGGGGGCCGGGUGGCCGCCUGGGGGAGUCCAGGCAGACGCCUGCUUGGUUGCGUGGGUGUGAUGUACAAAAGAAGAGCUGACCAAUCACGGCUCUGUGAGCUGCACAUCAAGCUCCCUGGGGGCCGGAGGGGGAGGAGCCAGUCGGUGUCAAUGAGACAUCAGCGUGGCGGAGUUGGGGGCGGGCUUUGUGCUGACCCCAACAUCAAGUAGUUCCUUAUCGGCCAACGUGGUGCUCUUUCACUCCAGCCACUAACCUCCGUUUACAUUCCUGCACAUGGCCGUGACUAAUCAGAGGGAAGAGCCAAGUCACAUGAUCAGUGCGUGUGCGUGGCUGAAGGCCUCUCAUUGCCGGGCGGGGCUGUUGAAUGACCUCCUUGGUGUGGAAUGAGACAAUCUUUGGGGGAGAGAAGCAGGCGGUAGCUCUGUGACGUUCCGGUCGACCGCUUUGAGAUGCAGAUGACCAUGCGUCCCAAGAAGCUUCUGUCUGAUGUUCAGGCUUGCUCGGCCAGAGAGGUCAGAGGUCAUGGCGCUCCUCACUGCUCUGCACAGCUUCUUGGGAUUUAGCUUUUGGGCCCGAGCAGCGAUGAGAGGUCUUCAGCUUGCUUUGAUUUCCUGGGAAUAUUUUCCCAGGAAAAGCCAGCCAGAUGAUACUGUACAUAUUAGCAUCAGAACAUGUAGCAUGACGUUUUGGAACUAAAGCACAAGCGUUCAAGCGUUGACUCAAACAAUCACUGUGUACUUUUGUAGCCACUUCUAUGCUAACUGCGACUUUUCAAAGGACUUUUCUAUAUUGUAGCGAAGGCACACUCGUGCACACCCCUGCACACCCGUGCACACUCGUGUCCGUCCACGCUUCCCCUUCACUGAAAUAUCCACAGCACGUUGUUCCCAAGGGUGCUAUAUUUAGCUUAGAAAAGACAAAUGCCGUCUAUCUUCUCGUUUUCGUGGUUCCUUUUGUUGGAAUUUGAUGCUGGAAUAUUUGACCGCUCAAUAAGCCGCCAUGGGGCCAAAGGUGGCAGGUUGAACACUGGCAUCUCCAUGGCCAGGACGUACAGGAGCUUCCAUCCAUUCCUCAUUGAUCCCUCUUGACGUUGUUUUCUGCAUGCCGCAUUCCAGUGAUUCCGGUAUUGGGUUGUCUGGAGCAGAUGCAAGGGAUGUGCUGGAUGAGUUCCUGUGGGACAAACCAGGUAUUGACAAUACUGACAAAGAAAGCCAGGAUGGCAAAAUAUGAGCCAUCAGAGAAGUACCACUCCUGUGCUUGUCAUCCCCAAAUGUGCUUACAUUGCAUAUCCCGUACUGCACUAUGUUUACGAAACAUUCCUAAGAUGGAUUCCUCCCGCACAUCCGGCACAUCCUGUCUUGCUUGUGUUGGUCAGCGUUGGCAAAGCCUGCCUACUGUACGUACUGUAUAUUCUCUUCAGGACUUCCAGCGUGAAGAGGAGGUCUUGCUACCGACCCUUGUCAAUCCUCUAUGCUCCUAUCCUGGCAUGCCGCUGCAGGAUGGACGGGAAAGCAGCGCCAUGUCAGCCACUCUUUAGACCACUUCCUGUUCUCUUUUACAUUUCACCUUGCUUUGCUCGUUUGACUUUUUCCCCACGCAGACUCGCAUGCCACUGACUGUGAUGGACGGUAUUUCAUUUGGCCGUAGGCUGCUCGACCUACACAACCACCCAAAAGCAUCACAUCCACGGGAGCAGAACACACUUUACUGUAAAGCCCUCAUGAAAACCUCUCGCUACAUCGUCAUGAUAGCAUGAUGGGCCAGGCCCUUGCCUACGACCGUCUAACAUGGAAUACACUACGACCCCCCGGGGUUAAGGGAUUCCUCAUUCCUACCUAUCUACCUAUGUACUAUCUACUAUCAAAUAGUAGAUAGUACUUUCAUCAUGUACCUCCAAGGCAUUACUAUUUACCACUACCGGAUGGUGUACUAUCUACUAUCAAAUAGUAGAUAGUACUUUCAUCAUGUACCUCCAAGGCAUUACUAUUUACCACUACCUGAUGGUGUACUAUCUACUAUCAAAUAGUAGAUAGUACUUUCAUCAUGUACCUCCAAGGCAUUACUAUUUACCACUACCGGAUGGUGUACUAUCUACUAUCAGAUAGUAGAUAGUACUUUCAUCAUGUACCUCCAAGGCAUUACUAUUUACCACUACCUGAUGGUGUACUAUCUACUAUCAAAUAGUAGAUAGUACUUUCAUCAUGUACCUCCAAGGCAUUACUAUUUACCACUACCUGAUGGUGUACUAUCUACUAUCAAAUAGUAGAUAGUACUUUCAUCAUGUACCUCCAAGGCAUUACUAUUUACCACUACCGGAUGGUGUACUAUCUACUAUCAGAUAGUAGACCUCCAAGGCAUUACUAUUUACCACUACCAGAUGUACUAUCUACUAUCAGAUAGUAGAUAGUACUUUCAUGAUGUACUAUUCACCUGUAGCCACUCACUGGAUCCAAGUGUAAUAUCCACUUUGACAUGAUGGACAAUAUCGCAUGGGAGGGGAAUUGGUAGGAGCUAAACCAUAAGGCUGGGAUGGACAUUGGAUGAAACAUUUGCUACGUGAUAUCGAAGCAGUUGGAAGACAUUUCUGACAUUUUCUAUGCAACCGCGCUUGGAUGACCGUCAACUGCAAUGCCGACAAAUGACCCGUAGGUGGAGCUUCUGAUGUACAUUACUGUAAUAUCCAUCCAUCAAUUUUGUGUGCUGCUUAUCCCCACGAGGGGAUGUUUUCAAAUCCUGUAGGAAAAAAAGGAUAUUCUCGAAAGAGAGAAAAAGUGUGAAAAAUACGUAAAUUAUGUAUAGAACUAUAGAAAACAAACUUGAUUCUUGGUUCGUUAAUAUAAAAUUCUCUGUCACUUCAUCAGUAAUAAAUUAAUAUUUUUAUCUUGACCUCCCAAAGUUUUCCCAUCGCACGUUGGAUUUGAACAACUUUUUAGAAGGAGCACAACUGAACCACGAACAGAUGAUGCUGGGUUCAUUCCAUGGCUCGCGUCAUCAUGACGAUGUAGUUGGUAAACAGUACCCUCUUCUGGUGAAGAUGCGUAAUAGCAAGUCAUUUGCCCUUUCGGUGUUAGAGGUCCACAUCAGGACACGCCGCUGCUCAACCAGAUGAGAAAACUCCACAGCGACGUCAUGGAAGGUCGCUAGAUUUGUCACUGGCCACCUUUGAGAAAAUAUGUCGCCAGAUCUAGCGACAAAUCUUUAAGUUGGCAACACUGAUCGAGACGGCCAAUGUUCGCUUCCUGUUCCGGGCGGGCAAUAUAAAAAAUACAUGUAGUGCACUGGUUCCACCCUACAUGAUACCUACAACACCUGUACCAUGAAUAAUAAAUAUGAAAUAAAAACACUCAACAUCUUCAUGUCGUCUGAUCCACCGCGCCUGCAGCACCCAGAGGCGCUGCUCAACAGCGCAAGGUUGCCCUCUACCGGUGGGUUUAGGCAAGUACUAGUUUCUUUGGCGCUUCUUCUGCAUCCAGUUGGCCAAUAAGGUUCGUUUGAUUCACUUGUUUUCCUUGUCUUAUAUGACUUGGCAUGUUUUAUGUUUAUAUUUGUUGUGAUGUAUCGACCCACUAUUCAUUGCAUUCCAGUUGCCAAGUGUAUUUAUAGGCCUGUCGUGUUUUUAUGAUUGCUAUAGAAUAAAGGCAA